ACAAUAGGCAUCAAGUAGUAUCGAAUUGUUUGAAUGAAGAAAUGCGUCUCAAUGAAAAAAAAACCAUUCUUUAUUCUUUUUCUCUGUUUCAUCAAAUCAUUUCUAGAGUUUCUCUUGCUCUGUCUUUCAAUCCACCGAUGAAUGUCAAUACAUAGAAACUAGGUUGUCUAUGUGCAUGCCAACGACAUAACGCAGGCAGACGAGGCUUCCAAAAACAACGCAUUAAAGAGCAUUAAGAUUUUGUAAUAAUGCCGUUUAAACGAAAUAUUAUCGUUAACACGGCAUUAUUACGAAAUUUUAAAUAAGUUAUAACACUUUCCUUGAUUGUUAAACUGUUAAAAUGAGUCACUUUUUCGAAAAUUACGAGUUUUUCUGUUUGUCUUGCUAUUGAUUUUACGAGUUAAAACGCAUUCACAAAACUGAAUAUUUUUUAAUCCAGCAGUGUGUUAAGCGCAACUGGAUUUUUUUUUUCUUUUGACACCGGUUUACUGCGUCUAAUAGUGACUCACAGUAGCUCUCUUAUUUAAUAGAAUUAAGGUUUUUUAUACUAACCCAUUCGCCAUUAUGUGGCUCGCCGGUGGGCGACGGCUAUACACAGGUGAAUAUUUCCGCUUUAGUUUAUUGAUAUGACAUCGUUUCUUUUGUCAAAUAUAGAUAAAUGUUCAAUGUUUUUAUUCAUAUGAGAAAAAUCGAUAAAUGCUGCGUUAAGACAUGCUAAGUCGCUUCCACAAGGACAAAAAGAUGAAUCGCGAAGUGUGAAAAUAAUAAUGUGCGCACUUGACAACUUCCAAUUGUAAAACAUUUAGUUUUAUUUAAAAUCAAUAAAAAUUUAUGUGUUCUUGAAUAUUCUGCAACAAAAAAAUCAGCCGGCUUUGUUGAAACUGACUGAGCUUGCAAAGCUUUACUUACGCACAGUAACUGAUAGAAAAUGUGCGACACAUGUAUUUUUCUGGGAAUUGUACUAUAUCAAAUUGUGUGGGUGAGGUGUGGGUGCAGAUGUGGGAUGCGGGUAUGAGAAGAAGACCAACAUCCACACUCACACCUACACCCACACUCACACCCCACCCACAUCCUUGCCACACCCACCCUCAAUUGUGUUCUUCUUUUUCAUCAGAGCAAUGAAUCGAUUUUUUUGUAGGUUGUGCAAAUAUACAGUUCUUUUUGAGUGUUUGAUAACGUUUCUCUUAUGAAUAUCCACUAUGAACACCACAUUAUCACUGAUAAAAGGAUUCUCUCACUUAUUUGACGUAUGGUUUAGAUAUUCAAUUUUUACUUCCGCCUAGCAAGUUUUGGUCCACCCUGUAUUACAUGACUUCAAAUAAGAUUUACUAGAAGAAAUUUUCUCACUGAAUCUUUUUUUCUUUUUACCUGAUUUCUUAAAUUGAUGUUUCUUCAAACUAUUACAAUUCCUUCUAUAACUGUAAAACAAUUUUAUUGCUGUUACUAUUUAUUUAUUUUUUUUAUUAUCAAAAUAGAAUAUUGAAAAUACUUUGUUUUUAUUUUCAAAUUAUAAUAGUAUAUUAAUAAUAUUGUGCGAUAGAUAAAUAAAUACAAAACUUUAUAGAAUAGUACAUGAUCUCGAUUUAUUAUCUUGUUCUCACUUUUUUGAAGGCUGAGUUGCAACAUUAUUAUUCAAUGGUUUGUUAGCAGUUUUGUCUUGAUGAUGAUCAUCCGUACUUUUUGGAUGAUUAUUCCUUUUAUUUUUAUAUCUUGAUUUUCCUUCAACGAUGUUAAUGUUUCUUGGUGUAGUUGCAUCAAAUGUACCUAAAUAUUGGUCACGAUAUGGUGUAUCAUGUUCACAAUAAAAGAUCCCUUUUUGUCGACAUAUUCCACAACGUAAAUCUCUUUGUGUUUCCUUUUGAACGACGUGAUUUGUCAUUAUAAAAUAGAAAUCUAAAGUAUAGUAUAAACUAUUAUUUUCUUUGCUAUUCAAUCAAACAAAUAAUUUUUCAUUUAGAAUUUCACUUGUAUAUGAAUAUUUAAAUAUCAACGAGACUAUAGAAACGAAUUUUAUGAUCUUAUGCUACUCAGUUUUUUGUAGAAAAAGAAUAAAAAAAAUGAUUUACAAUUCCGUUUAUUUACCUUUUGAUUUCUAAAACAAAUCAAAUAAUUGCGAUGCAGCACAAUGUGAAAAUGAAACAAAAAUAUACAUAUAUAUAAAAAAAAAGCAAAAAACGACCUUUUUUUCAUAAGUUGAAGGAACGUUAAAAUAUUUCUUUUUCUGUCUAUUUGAUUCUGUUUUUCUUCUACAAUUUUGUCAUGGACACAGAUAUGCUUAAAAAAAAUCAAAUAUGUGACACAUACGUUUCUCUUUUAUUUAGUUUUUACUCACUUGAGUAAAACAAGAAAAUUCGUAAUCGAGACAACCGAACAGAAAUAAAGUUCAAUAGAUACAUAAAUCAUAAAAUACGAUAAAGACAAUAACAUGUCUAAUGCGUAUGCUAUUUUGCAUGGUCACUAAUGUUGUCUUACACGUUAUUUAAUAAAUCGAAAAAACUUCACAGAAAUAGUUUAUCAAUGUUAAUUUAGAAAUUGUCCAUUGAAGAUAUUUGUUAACAAAUUGUAAAAGAAGUCAUUGAAAUGAAAUAUUUUUAAACUUAAAAGAUAUAUCUAUCAUAGUCAAAUAUAAUUGUAUAUUUGUAUAUUCAAUAGUUUAAAAGUUGUUAUAAGAAAUUCUAAUAAAACACAUAGCAAAUCAUGUUUCUUCAAACGGAUGACACGAACAUGUGGACGGAAAAAGAGAGAAGAAAUAUAUUUAAACACAUCAAACAACGAUCGAUAGUGAAGACAAAAAAUAAUACCAUAAAAUUUCUAUUUCAUUGUAUCUUUCAAUAUGAAUUUUUUCCCUAUCUUAUUUGUUUUAAUUACUUGUAAUUUACCGUCCUUUUUGCUUAAAUAGUAUGAAAAUAUUAGCAAAAAUUUUUUAGGAUUGCGUCUAAGUCGUUUCUGUUGAUUACACAAAAUUUUUAGAUCGUUUUAUUUUGACAAUUGACUUCUAUAGAAACUUCUCCUUACAAACAUCAAUAGAUCUUAUAAUAGAAGUUAAUACUUAGUUAUAUAUUUUUGUGGUCAGAGUAGCGUAUAGCAAACAAUCUCAAAGCCAAACCUUGGAUUGAAAGGGUGUGAGUGUAGACCUUCUUCUUAGUCACACCCAAACUCACCCACACCCCAGGAUAGCACACUAGUUGUUGACAUCGCGUAUUAUUGGCACAGAUUAUUUGUGCAAUGUAACAGGUGACAUUAUGAGAAUUGCAUCGAACCAUGCUAUCACAUGAGAAAAUAGCAACUGCACAAAUGCCUGUAGUUUCAUUUGUCGUCAAUGAAAAACAGUCACAAUCGAGGUUUGACGAGUAUGGUAAUGCAGAUUUGGAAUUGUAAGUAGAUAGAUCACAGGUGGCCAAGGAUGAACUUGGCGUUGUUGUAGCUUGUUGAGCUGUAACAUAAAAGAACAAGCUCACGUAAGCAACGGUCGUCGGCUGGAGAGCGUGUUAAGUCGAGACCCUAAGAUCUUGCUCAAUUUAAGAGAAACUGUCGAGAUAACAGUUUUAUGAAUUUUCACACUAGAUAAAUUAUAAAUUAAAAAAAAAGACUCUAAUACUACAUUUGUUUAGACAACUGGUUAUUUAAAUUUAUUAGCAAAUUUUAUAAAUAGUGUAACACAUGGUGCACUUCUUGGUGGAAGUUUUUCUGUUAUUCCUUUAAUAGGUUUAACAACACUUGCUAGAAUAUUAAUUCAUGAAAUUCAUCAUGAAAUUGGAGAUUUUGCUAUUCUUUUACGAUCGGGUUUUGAUCUUUGGCAAGCAACUAAAGCAUAA